UUGACAUUGCUUUUAAUUUUGUUAUGUUUUUUAUGAUCUAAUAUCAUGUUUCAAAUAAGUAUUAACUAUCAUUAAAAAUAAAAAAAGAUUAAACAUAUAUGUUUUAUAAUUUAAAUAAAAAAUAUCAAAAAUGGUUCGUCGAAAAAGUAAUCCGAGAUCAAUUGAUGAUCCACAAAGAUCACCUAGUGUAAAGUCUAGACCAAAUAUAUCAGCAAACAGACGUGUACUUCGGACGACGCGAGCUUUAAAAGAAAUUCGAUAUUUAAGAAAAACUGUAAAGUUGAUUAUACCAAAAGCUCCUUUUGCUCGUUUAGUUAGAUAUAUUAUUAUAGAUUUAUUUCCUAAUAGUGACGUAGACAGAAUUCAAGCAUCUGCACUUGAAGCACUGCAAGAAGCAGUUGAAGCAUAUAUUGUUCAAUUUUUUGAAGAUUGCACAUUAUUGUCACAACAUGCAAAACGUGUAACUCUUCAAAUUCAAGAUGUAAUUUUAUUGCGUCGACUUAGAGGAAGGGAUGAUAUUAUAAAUAGAUAAAAUAAUUUUAUUUUUAAAUUCACCAUUUGUAUCAUAUAUAAUUA